AUGGAAGAGGAAAGUAAUAAUGAAGUUAAUGCUAGUGGUAAUUGUGUCCAGGAAGAUGCAUCUCCUAUGUCAUUAAAUAAAGAAGGAAGCCAAUCCAUGAAAGGUCAAAAUAAGAGGAAAAGAGAUGCAAGCUCAAGUGAUGAAGAGAAGAUUGUGAUUGUAUUGGAGAAAUUGUUUGAAGCAUCUUGGAAAAAAGAUGCAAAUCGUGACUGA